AAGUGUGAUUGAGAGUGAAGCAUCAAAGCAUAAAAAUCAAGUCAGUUGACGACACUUUUGAUUUCUCAAAGGAUAUUUUUCAUAAAAAUCAGAAACAUGCAGGUGAUAAGAUUAUCACAGCUGUUUAGUGUUUUAUUUCUCAUAAUUGGCUGUGAUGCAAGAUCGACACAAGUUUCCGCACAAUACAGUGUAUCCGAUGGAAAUGGAGAAUCAACGCGAACUUUCAGCACACGUGGCAUUGUCGAGGAUGCUGUAGUUGAAGAUGGCGGAAUAUUAACGAAAAUAAGCUCAAGGACUUCAAAGAGUCCACCACGUGGACAUAAGCGACGACCUUUAACAGUAAAUCCUAGUGCUGAUUACGAACAGUUACCAUUCCAACCUGAAUUCUUUGCUGUAAAAGGAAAAGUUCUUAACGAUGAUGAAGCGAUUCCAACAAAAUCUAUUUUGAAAGUAAGACCGACACGAGCUAAAACAUUUACAUCAAAGCCCAAGCCGAAGCCUUUUCAUUCAAGUCCGGAAAUAGAUUAUUCACAUCACGAUUCGUCCGGCAGUUCUUUUAAAUAUCCAACCAUUCAAAACGAAGAGUAUUUCGAAAGUAACUUACAAAAAUCUCCAUCGAGUGUCACGAAAAAGUAUAAAAAAGCUGAAGGCGGAGACGGUUCGUUAUAUUCGUACAGCACAAUCAAUUUUAAUGCAAAUGAUGGCGAUAAUGAUAGCAGAAUAAAAGCUCAAAGUUCAAAACGUCCAAACAAUCCAACGAAUUCAUUUAAAUUGGAACAAACUUUUGGAGGACAACAAUUGAAGUUUGACACUGAGAUUGAUGACAAUGUCGGAGGGUUCAGACCAUCACCAAAAUACACAACAAAACGACAAAAAUCACCUGGAAAACUUUUCAAAUCAACUGAAGAUGAGUUCAAAGAUGCGAGUUUUUAUGACUUUUCGAUAAAACCACGCCCGGGACAAUCUGUCACUGCCCUUGGACCUGAGGGAAGAUUAGAAAAGCUUCAAGCUGAGUUGGGUGUUAGAAGUCACACAAUAGCACCGCAUAAAAAUAAAUUCGACCCCCAGUUACAAGGCGGCUUUAAACCUUCAUUUAAAUUACGAGAUUUUCCUGCAAUUCAUGGUAAUGAUCAAGGAUCUGGAAUUGCUUCUGUCGGACAAAUUAAAACUUUUUAUGACCGACAAGAGGCUGAUAGAGGUGAGCGGCUCCAACAAAAGUUGUUAAAUGAACAAAAGUCGACAACAAAAGCCCAAUUUGUGCAAUUUCUUCGAGCAAAAGAUGAAGAAGAACGCCUAGAGAGACUCGUUGAGGAACAAUACAAACUACAACAACAGAAGCUCCUAGCACAAGAGAAGGAAGCUGAAUUGAAGCAUCAACAACAAAUACUUCAAAGACAAAAGGAAAAAUUGCAGCUAGUUGAAAAGCAUCUGUCAAAUAAAGUCACGAGACAAGCAAUUCGUCAAAAACGAAGACCAGGAGGCCCAUCGCGAAGACAACGACAACCAAAUCCACACAACUUCAGUGUUGUUGGCAAUCAAUCGCCGGUUCCGGUGAGAUCAAUUAAAGGAAACGAAGGAUCCUAUCGAGCAACCUUCAACAUUUAA